GGAGGCAGGGCUGGAAGUCGAUGACGCACGGGGAAGCUCUGGCUAAUGGGAAUCAUGCCCUCCUCGGGCUCUAUAAAGAGGUGGACGCUGCAAAGGCACACUUGUCGGAUACUCGCGGGUGCGUACACAGAGCUGCGCACACAAACACACACAGAGGCUCGUGUUCACGCCGGGGCAAGCAUUCGAACCCAGGGAACCUUAAGCGUGCGGAAAAUUCUCCUGGCAAGUUCGGUGACAGCACUCCCAGUUCAUUGGCCAUGGAAGGCGUCCCAAUUUCCCCUAGAGCUGAACGACGGCCGCUACGGGCUCCAGCCCCACUUCUUCCCACUAGGCAGAUAGAGAAAACAGGCACUGCUCGCACACCGGCGGAGAAGCGGAGAGGUGCCCAGUGCAAUGGGUACGCUGCGAAGGAGCAACCCGGGCCAGAGCGGAGCGAGCGCGAGGAAAAGCCUAGGGGCCUGGAGGAAAAGAGCGCCCAGCCGGUGGACUUUUGGAAGACGGAGAGGACUCGCAGCGUGGAGGAUAAUGAGCUGAAUCUGCCCAGCCUAGCGGGCGCUUACUCCACCAUCCUGCGCUCUCUGGGGGAGGACCCAGAGAGGCAGGGACUACUCAAGACACCCUGGAGGGCGGCAACAGCCAUGCAGUUCUUCACUAAGGGCUACCAGGAGACCAUUUCAGAUAUCCUGAAUGAUGCCAUAUUUGAUGAAGACCAUGAUGAGAUGGUGAUUGUAAAGGACAUAGACAUGUUUUCAAUGUGUGAGCAUCACUUAGUGCCAUUUGUUGGAAAGGUUCAUAUAGGUUAUCUUCCUAACAAACAACUCCUUGGCCUCAGCAAACUUGCCAGGAUUGUGGAAAUCUAUAGUAGGAGAUUACAAGUUCAAGAGCGUCUUACAAAACAAAUUGCAGUAGCAGUCACAGAGGCCCUGCGGCCAGCUGGAGUUGGAGUGGUUGUUGAAGCAACACACAUGUGCAUGGUAAUGCGAGGGGUACAGAAAAUGAACAGCAAAACAGUCACCAGCACAAUGUUGGGUGUAUUUCGGGAAGAUCCAAAGACCCGGGAAGAAUUCUUAACACUCAUUAAGAACUGAAUUGGAGGCAUAUAAAAUAUGAUCAGAAGAUUGUUACUGCUAGUGGCAUUGUCUGUUUGUAUAUUAUAUUUAAAAUGUUACAGUAGUGAGAUCUUUCUUGUCAUUAACUGUCAUUUAAAAUUAUUUAUAGGAAAUAAAAAAUAUUAGAGAAGCCCUGUGGUUUAUCUUCGCCACCUUUUUAGCAGGAUUUUGGAAAUAAGCUGCUGGUUGAGUUUAAAAUAGACAAAACUGUCAUCCAGAUACCAGGACUUAGAUGAGAAUUUAUUUGAUCAGAAUAGCCUGAUUAUUUAUGAUGCAAUAAAUUAGGGAGGGAAUAUUGGCAGAAAUGAUAUUGAUCAUACUAAGUUAAAAUGGUGCCAGUUCUCUAUGUGCUUAAAAAAAUUGAAAUAUUGCUAUGGCAUUGCUGAACUGAUGGACAACUCAGCAAUCCUUGCUUUACUGUGUUAUUUAACUGAUCACUUAUGAUAAUUUAAAAAUUCCUAUAUUUACUUAUUUUUGGCCAAGUUGUGCCUUUGGUCAUGAAUUGGAAUAUUGUUAAUAGACCAAUAGUUUGAUUUUAUUAUGAAUUAGUUAUAAAAGCACAUUGCUUUCCAACUGUUCCUUUAUUCAAUUGCUGGGAAUUGUUUCCUAUAAUUGUUUACGGAUGUAUUCUCAUGUCAACAUGCAGGGAUUUAUACAUUUAACUCUCUGUGCCUUGAUGAGAAUAUCACAUCAUUUAGAGUAUAGUAAUAUUGAUUUUUAAAUAAUUUUUAGUAAAAGAUUUAGUGUUAUUGAGGCUACAAAAAAUAGUCUACAUUGAUGGCUAACAUUUUUAUAUUUUUGAACCUUCUUAGGAUUUAACUUGUGGGUUGCAUGUAGAAAAACUUUUAUUUGAUUAGAGAUGAUUAAUUUUGCAAAAUAUUUUUAUAAAUAUUUAUAGGAAACUUGAACUAUUCUCAUCUUUUCCAAGCCUAGAGAAACUAUUCACAAAUUCCUUGGCAGCAAGACUUAUAGUUAAUUCAUUUGGUUGUGUUUUUAAUCCAUAACCAAUAUUCUAAUUAAAGUUUCUGUCAAUGAUCAUUCCAAAAGCACUGGCAGAACUAUUACUACUCUUAGUUUGUGGUAGUAACAUGUUGAGGCAAGAAUGAGCCAAGGAAACUUUUGUUCAUUGGUGGGUAGAGCUUAGGAAAGUUGUUCCUUUAUUAAUGGACAAUUUGAAUUUGAUUAUCACUGGGCAAAUAGGGUACAAACUGAAAAAGAACUUUUGUUGUUGACGAGUUGUUACUGGAUUGUGGGUUAAAAAAUUAUAGGUUUUUGUCUCCUUUCUUAAAUUUAAAUGUAUCCUUCAAAUAUGAUUACCUUAUGAUCUAAGAAAAAUUAAUUUAAAACCAAGUGUUUAGUCAUGUAUUGAACUUGUAUAUCCUUAUAUAGUUCUGUUAUUGUUUGUUAGUCUGAAUCAUUUUGCUGUUGAGAAGGUUAAGAUAAAAGACUUGGAAAAAAAUCUCUCUGCUUUUGAUAAUGUCUUUUCCCUGACUUUCAGUACCUAAGCAAAUUGCCAGUUACCUUUCAUCUCAAAAUCAGUUUUGUGUUAUUCUCAUACAUUUAUUUUUCAGUUGUUCCUCUCAAUAUUUUGACCUAACCUUUUAAAAUUGGGAUGUUAAAGCCUCAAAAACAUAGUCUGAGUCAUUGAUACUAUUUUAAAGCAAACACUGAUAUGAACUGGAGAACCAAAGACAUUGUUAGCAGUAAAAUUCAUCUUUCUGUAAUCAUUUAAACUCCGUUUUCCAUUCCUUUUUGUUUAUGUCCUUUCUUAGAGAGUUUUCUUGCAGAGCCAUUGAGAAAGCAAGCCACAGGCUAUUCCUGUCUCUCAGUAUUAAAGUCAAAAUGAUUAGCCUGGUUUACCAGUUGGAUUUUCCCCAUGAACUGUCUUUUAAAUAUACCUCCUAGUUUCUCUUCGCCUUAGAUUGUGUUUAUUGUUAGGAUUUUUAGAAUUUGAUGCAUUGCCUAUACACUACAUAUUUGAUUAAAAUGAAGCUUGUUUCAAUUUUAUGUAUAUGUGUAUAUGUUGUGUCUAUUUAAAGUUAGUUCAUUUAAAACAUUAAAGUAUUACUACUCAA